AUGCAAGCGUCUAUUAAUCCUAUCAAAGGAUCUUGGUAUAAGGUAGACGAUGUUCCAGAUCGUACGGUUGAUUUGUGGGUGUAUGUGCCUUCCUUGCGCGACCGUCUUUGCAAAGAAGUCAGGCUGACACCAUUGGACGUGCUACGGAUGGUGAGAGUAAACCCACUGUUCGUGUCACUACCACAUUCUCCUCUAAAACCAACGUUCACUACGACGUGUAUAAAAAGAAAGUUUCGCGAUGCAGCACACAGCGCUUUGCUCAGUUCAUUAGGUUUUAUAUUAACACUAAGACAGCUGUUUCAUCUAUAUGCAGAACACUGUCGGUUAAGGAAAUGGUUACUCACAGUUGCGGGUGUACAAUCUUUGGAAGUAACUCACCCAGAUCAGUUUUCAAGCGACGAAUUUUCUGUGCGCCAGCUGGCCGCACACUACAUAACAUCUUCGUUAGGUGGUAAUUCAGGCUCGCGCGCAGCGAUUGAUUUCACGCAAGUGCCGAAUAUACGGCUCUUCCUUGACGUAGCCAAAUUUAGCACCUUUGGCGGGAGAAUCACUAUAAGCUAA